AUGAGCUCAAAGGAUCUGCCACAACCAUCAGAAAACGUGGUCAGCCGGGAGAAGCCUAUGGCUUUCACAGUUCGCUUCGACGCGGACAACUUCUACUGCUUCCCGCGAUCUGGAGGCCACAAGGGAAUUCUGAGGAUACAGAAAGAGACCUCCUCCUUCUUCUACGAGCCCAUGCCUGCUGAUCCCCCCGGGUGUUGCGAGAAGCUCGUCAUGGCUGUUCUGGGGGUCUUUCACCGUCAGACACAGAGCUUCCUGGUGGUAGUGACCGACGCUGCUGUGGUCGCCAAGUUCGACGACAAGACGAUCUGUGAGAUCACCCGCGUCGAGUUCCUGCCGUUCAGCUUCAACUUCGCGCCUGAGAGGAAGGCCAGGUCGGAGAACGUCCUCAAGGAAGUGAAGGCGCUGGAAACGGCCCUCUCCUCGCAAGGGUUCUUCUUCUCCUUCGACAUCGACCUGACGCGCUCCGGCGUCAUUGACGUCUUCGCUCCGUCUCCUCUCGCCGCCAGUCAGGACGCGCAGGAGCAGUUCGAAUGGAACAAGGAGAUGCUCAUUCCUGCUGAGAUGUUCACCCUGCAACAAGCUCCUACCGUCGACCUCUCCUUGGAGUGGAUGGUUCCGGUCAUGUGCGGCAGCGUGCAGGGAGGAGAGCUCCUGGUCUCCUCCGACGACGACAACUUCGCUCCUCAGCUCCGAUCCAGCAAGCUGUCUCUUGCUGUGAUCUCCAGGAGGAGCAGGGUACGGUCCUGGCCGCGAUCGUCCUCGGGGCUCGACGAGGAAGGGAACUCGGCGGACUUUGUGGAGACGCAGAUGAUUCUGUGGGCGAGCAACAGUGCGGGGAGGAGGACGGAGUUCAGGCAUGCGAGCAUGAGAGGGUCUUGUCCUCUGGUGUGGGGCAAGAGCUCUAGCUCCUCCAUCUCCGCCGCCCCGGAGAACGAGUCCGCCGCCUCCCUCCGCAGCCACAUCGCUAAGCUCGCCAGCAUCUACUCGGACCAGCUAGUGCUGGUGGGUAUCAGCUCCUCCACCGUGUCCAAGUCCUCAGACGAGACGAUGCUGGCGAGGUCGCUGGAGGCUGCGGUGAAGAUCGCCGGGAAGGAGAGCAGCAGCAUGGAUCACGUGCAGUGCACGAGCAUGUCGAUGCCGGUCGACCCCCUCGACAAGGCAACCGGCUCCAAGUUCACGCAUGACUUCAGCAUGCGGGGGAUGGAGAGGGAGCGGCAAGGGGAGGAGAGGAGGCAGACGAGCUUCCAUCGCGUGCAUGGCUUCGACCUCCUCGAAGUCAACAACUUCCAGACGCUGCUCGCUCUCCGCGCCAUGGAAUCUUUCCUUUCUUCCCUUGGCUCGAGCUCAGUGCCCCAGCCCCUCCUCUCUCUCCUCCUCACCCAGUGGGCGGCCAACGGCAUCAGCCUGUUCCGGCAGUCGACGGGCAGCGACCCCCCGAGCUCUAACUCUGGAAUCUCCUCCCGGUUCUCCGGCAUCACCGGAGGCGUCGCCUCCUCCUUCUACUCCAAGUUCGUCAACACUGCGAGCGCCAUCGGCGGUUUUGCUUCCUCCUCGAGCGGAGGAGCAGACGUCGCGCUGCAGCUGCUCUCCUCCCUGCGCGUGACGGGGGAGGAGGCGCAGCUGGCUUGGAGGAGGCACGGGCUGCUGGCAGGAAGCGAGGAGGAUCUGUGGGAGGGCAGGAGGGUGAGUGUGUUCGUCGGCUCGUGGAACGUCAACGGAAAGGUUAUGAGCAAGGACGAGAUCAUGGGCUGGCUGCUCCCAGCUGUGAAGGAGUGGGGGACGGAGGGCCCGGACCUCUACGUGCUGGGGCUGCAGGAGGCGGUGGAGUUGGGCGCCAUGUCAGUUCUCAAGGACACAGGACAAGGGAUCCUUGCUGACCUUUCGGACGAGGAUGCGGGCAAGAGCUCCGUGAUGAGCAGAUGGACGCAGGAGGUUGAAGCUGCGAUCGCUGAAAUUUUCGGCUCCAAGAAGGAGCUCUCUCUCAUUGCCUCCCGGCAGCUCGUCGGCGUCGUCCUCCUCGUCUUCGCUUCCCCGAGCAUCAAGUCCCUCAUUUCCAACGUCAGCGUGGAAGCAUGCAGGACCGGUCUUCGCGGCAUGGCUGGCAACAAGGGUGGGGUUGCCGUCCGGCUCUGCCUGGGCUAUACAUCCUGCUGCAUCAUGUGCGCGCACAUGGCGGCUCACAUGAAGAACGUGACGCAGAGGAACGGAGACUAUCAGAGCAUCGUCGGCGACGUCUCCUUCCCGCACCUCGAGGGCUUCACCCUGCGCUAUCCACAGCGCACCGCUCGCGCCUUGUGA